AUGCCUAGUAUCGACGAGCUCCACACCGGGAAUCUUUUGUGGCUGGUUGCAGCUGGAUAUGUUGGUUACAUCAUUUAUCACUUGCUCUAUAAUCUCUUUUGGCAUCCAUUGGCUUCCUUUCCUGGUCCUACCAUUGCAGCAGUUACGCCUCUUUACAAGGCGUAUAUCGACCUUGUCGCCAAAUCGUCUUUCGUGCAUACUCUUGAGAAGUUGCAUGCGCAAUACGGCGACAUCGUUCGUGUUGGUCCUAACGAGAUCCACUUUAGUUCGCCCUCAGCGUACCUGGAAAUCUACAAUGCAUAUAACAAAUGGGACAAAGAAAAAAGCUUAUAUCACAGUUUCGGCGAGGAUCGUUCAUCAUUUGGCUUUCUGACAUACAAUGAGGCCAAGGAAAGAAGAGAUGUAUUAUUAAAGUUGUUUUCGAAAAAGGCAAUCGCAGAUGUUCAGGGGCUUGUUUUAGAAAAGGUGACAAAGUUGUGUGAUUCGUUCGAAAACCUGGGCUCCAAACCCGCAGAUCUUUUUUACGCAUAUCGAUGCAUGGCUGUCGAUGUUAUUACCUAUCUAUGUUUUGGGAACGAUAUCGACGCUAUUGGUGCACCUGACUACGAGGCACCAAUAGUAAAGGCCAUGGAUUCGUCUCUCCCAGUCUUCAUUGGCUUUAAACACUCGUCCCUCUUAAAAGGGUCAAUUAUGAAUUGUCCUCCGAGAUUGUCCAAGAUCGUCAGCCCAGCUACUUCGGGACUUGUGGACUUGCAACAGCUCCUUAAAGGUCAAAUAAACGAUUUGACCAAAGAUCCCAAAAAUUUACAGAAUCUACCACACUCAACAACUAUAUACCACCAGCUGCUUCGUCCAGAUGCAUACCGUAGCGGCACUGUUCCCAGCGUAGGAAGUCUCUACGAGGAAUCCCAAGCUCUGCUGUUCGGGGGUGCCGAUACAACCGGAGCAACGCUUAUGCAUGGAUCUUUCUAUAUAUUGACGUUGCCAACAGUAUAUGCAAAGUUGAAAGCAGAGCUAUUGCGUGCUUGGCCUGUUUUAAAUGUUAUUCCCAGCCUAUCCGAGUUGGAAAAGCUCCCGUAUUUGACCGCUGUUAUCAAAGAAUCUCUCAGGAUGAGCCCUGGUGUUGCGUCGCCGCUUCCACGUGUGGUGCCAUCUUCAGGUGCAACUAUACACAAGACUUUCAUCCCUGGUGAUGUCGUCGUUGAAAUGAGUAGUCACUUUGUACACCGCAACGAAACUAUAUUCCCCAAUCCAGAUGAGUUCAUUCCCGACAGAUGGCUCGAAUCUAAGGUAAAUGAUCUCGACAAAUGGCUUGUUGCAUUUUCAAAAGGUCCGCGAAGAUGUCUUGGUUCAAACCUUGCUUGGGCAGAGCUUUAUCUCUGUUUUGCGCACGUUUUCCGAAAGUUUACGGUUGAGAUUGGCCCUUCUAGUCCCAAAAAGCUUGAAUGGCGCGAUUGUUUCUUGCCGGAGUACCGUGGACCCCAUCUGAAAGCAAUAUUGACCAAAGCAGCGGCUUGA